AUGGAACUUGUUCCAUAUUCCGACCCAUCCACCACCGCUCCAGCAUGGCAGGACAUGUUCCGAUCGGCCUCUUCCCGCCUCCCCUCCUCCGCUCCUCCUCCCCGCGCUUCGUGCUCUCAACUCCCGGUGCCGCCCUCACAACCCCAGGAUCCGCCCUCGCAACUUUACUCGCCUCCAUCACAGCUCCACGCGCCAUCCCCCUGUCCACGCGUGUCGCCUAAUCCGCCAUCUGAGGACGACCCGGAUGGAAAAAGCACAUUUUCCGGCGAUCCCCAGGUACGGCUGGCCCUUUACAUAGCCAUGGCUCAUGCGGGUCUCGCCUUUGCCAUUUUCAUUCUCUACACUUUCUCCAAGCUUCUGGAACAGUAUUUGCGACCUCUCCAAUGGGCUGUGUUGUGCUCUAUUCCCCUCAGGGGUAUUCAGGAAACCCUUGUCGAGUUUUGGUCGGAACCCCUCCAUCUGGGUCUGACCGAAACUGUUCUCGCUCUUCCGGUUGCUGUUUUCAGGGUUUUUGUUGGCACACUCGUUGAGAUUCGUGAAGCUUCAUUCAGAGUCAUUUUGAGGAAGCCAAAGCCUCAGCAGAACCUGCCAUCGAGGAAGCGUAGUGGGUUCUCCAAGAUGCUUCGUUUGCUGGUAUCUUUUGGGAUUUUCAUCAUUGCUUAUGAGAGGCUUGGAGGGUUUGGGGCUUUGUCACUUCUUAUUUUGGGGUUUUUGUUUAGUUCGAACAAUGUGGAUUCCACUAUGCACACUUUGUCUUCUUUUAGGAGCCUUAGUUUCAGGCGUAGUGCAAUUAGUGCCUUUUUCACUAGAGGGAUACUGAGGAGGUUGAAGAUUAUUGUGGCAAUUGGACUCAUUGUUUGCAUGAUUAUUGGGUUUUUGAGUGGGGUCAUUUUCUUCUCUUACAAGAUUGGUGUCGAAGGGAAAAACGCAGUGAUAUCAUUGAAAUUGCAUGUGGAGGAGAGCAAUUAUGCUGAGAGGAUUGGUGUGAAGAAGUGGAUGGAUGAGAAUGAUGUUACUGGGAUGGUGGAUAGUUACACUACAAAGAUAUAUAAGACUGUUUCUGAUCAGAUAGAUGGAUUGGCUGUGCAGUAUAACAUGACUGAAUUUGUCACUGGCAUUAAACAUUUUGUGAUAUCUAAUCCGGCAAACUCUUCAGUGCCGUCCAGAGCCUUGAUGACUCCCUCACCAUACGCUGAGAGGUUCUUGAGCUUGAAAACCCGGGUUAGGAACCGCGAAUGGGGCCAGAUUUAUGCCGAGCUUGAUUCAAUUUUGCGCGAGCUUGUGAUCACUCGUGAGGAUUUGGUUGAGAAGGCAAAAGGGUUUGCCUUCAAAGGAAUUGAUGUGUCUCAGCGAAUUUUCGCUAGUAGUAGAACUGUGCUUGGCAGCAGUACAAAGAUUGUGUUUUCUAUAGCUAAUUCUAUAAUCUCUGGAGCUGCUGAGGUUUUCAAUUUUGUUUCUCAGUCAAUGGUGUUUAUUUGGGUUUUGUAUUAUCUCAUCACAUCAGAGAAUGGUGGAGUGACAGAACAAGUGAUGCACAUGCUUCCAAUUUCAAACGCUGCUAGGGUCAGAUGUGUUGAGGUUUUGGAUAAAGCUAUUUCAGGAGUCCUUUUGUCCACUGCUGAGAUUGCAAUUUUUCAAGGGUGUCUUACUUGGCUUUUGUUUAGGUUGAACAAAAUACAUUUCUUGUACAUGUCGACUGUGCUUGCAUUCAUAAGUCCUCUCUUUCCAAUAUUUCCAUCUUGGCUUGCAACAAUUCCAGCAGCCUUGCAAUUAGUGUUGGAAGGCAGAUACAUAAUGGCCAUUGUGCUGUCGAUUAUUCACCUUUUUCUCAUGGACUAUGGAGCAUCAGAGAUUCUAUUAGACGUGCCUGGAAAUAGUGCAUAUCUCACUGGGCUAAGCAUAAUUGGGGGAAUGACAUUGUUCCCAUCUGCUCUGGAGGGAGCUAUCAUGGGGCCAUUAAUUACUACAGUUAUGAUUGCAGUGAAGGAUUUGUAUGCAGAGUUUGUGUUGCAAGAACCGAAGGACAGGGCCAAGGAGAAAGCCAGCUAG